GUGUUUCCUGGAGGUGACUUGCAAAUUCUCAAGAAAAGGCAAUUAAUCUAACAGCUUGAGAUCAAAGACUCUCAGGAAGACUUAAUUCAACUUGCCGAUAUAAAAAGUGGAAGUUUUCAGAAAAGUUCUGGAAGAAAGUUCCAGCUUUGAUGAGUGAGCAAGUAAAUCUGCCUGAAAUGACCAAAGACUGGACCAAAGAGCACGUGAAACAGUGGGUAACCAAAGACCUGAAGAUUGAUGAGAAAUAUGGGCAGAUUCUGCUCAAUGAAGAAGUGACAGGAUUAGUCCUGCAGGAAUUAACUGAGAAGGACCUAAUAGAAAUGGGGCUACCACGGGGCCCAGCACUUUUGAUAAAACGUACAUAUGACAGAUUGCACAAUAGUGCCCUUGACAGUAACCAUCAGGGUUUGGGACAAUUAGAUCAUACAAAACUCUCCAAAAAGGAACACCAAAAAAAGUCCCAACAAACAAAAAGGGAAGAGGAAAAAGCGAUGUCAUCUAAUAUUGAUCAUGAUCUUGGAGAGACCAGAGAAAGCAAAGAACAAGAAUCAAUUCUUAAGGAAGAAAAUGCACUAAAUGAAGUAGCAACAGCUAAAGACAAAAACAAAAUAAAGCUAAAAACUGAACAGUUGACUUGUAUGCCAUAUCCUUUUGAUAAGUUCCAUGAGAGCAAACGUUACAUAGAACAUUAUAUUCUACAACCUGAAACAGGACCACUCAAUCUCAUAGACCCAGUACAUGAGUUCAAAGCUCUCACAAAUACAGAAGCAGCAUCAGAUAAGGACAUUAGGAUGAAAUUUAGCAAUGAAGUCUUCAGAUUUGCAUCAGCUUGUAUGAAUUCUCGCACCAAUGGCACCAUCCACUUUGGAGUCUUGGACAAACCCCAUGGAGAAAUCAUCGGUGUGAAAGUCACCAGUAAGGAUGCCUUCAUCGACCACUUCAACAUAAUGAUCAAACAGUACUUUGAAGAAAGCGAGAUCAAUGAAGCCAAGAAGUGUGUUCGUGAGCCAAGAUUUGUGGAUGUCCUACUGCAGAACAAUACACCAUCGGACAGAUUUGUCAUUGAAGUAGAUGUCAUUCCAAAACAUUCUAUAUGUAAGGAAAAAUAUUUCUAUAUUAAGUUGCAAAACUGUAAAAGUGAAUCAUGGAAACCAAACCAAGAUCAUUCACUGUUUGUGAGAGACGGGGCUAGCUCUAAGGAUAUCCUGGCCAAUGUCAGGCAACGAGAUAUAGAUUUCAAAGCAUUUAUACAAAAUUUAAAGUCACUAGUAGCAUCUAGAAAAGAAGCUGAGAAAGAAUAUGAGGUUAGAGCAAAUAAGACAGAGAGUGAAGGACAAAAACUGGUAAAACUUCUCAUAGGAAACCGAGACUCACUGGACAACUCCUACUACAACUGGUACAUUCUUGUAACAAAUAAGUGCCAUCCAAAUCAAACAAAGAACUUAGAUUUUCUAAAAGAAAUUAAAUGGUUUGCUGUGUUGGACUUUGAUCCUGAGUCUGUAAGCAAGGGGGUAGUCAAAGCUUACAAAAAGAGCCGAAUAGCAAACCUUCACUUUCCAAAUCAGUAUGAAGAAAAGACAACUACCAUAAGGGAGAAAAUUUCUAGUAUGAAUCUCUAUCAGCAGCCCAGCUGGAUCUUCUGCAAUGGCAGAUCAGACUUGAAAAAUGAGAGGCAUAAGCCUCUAGAACCACAUUUAUGGCAGAGAGAAAGAGCUUCUGAAGUCAGGAAACUGAUUUCAUUUUUCACAGAUGAAAAUAUAAUGAUGAGACGGAAGUUUCUGGUAGUGUUUCUAUUACUCUCUCCAGUGGAAAGCCCAGCAGAUCCCCUUAUUGAAACUUUCUGUGCUUUCUACCAAGCUCUCAAAGGAAUGGAAAAUAUAUUGUGUAUCUGUGUAAACUCACAGACUUAUCAACAAUGGGAAGAUCUACUACAAACAAGACUGACAAUGGCAGAUGAAUUAUCAAACCACAGUAUUUCCACUUUAAAUUUAGAAUUGAUAAACAGUACUAUCCUUAAACUAAAACCAGUGACUCAGUCAUCAAGAAGGUAUUUACCCUCCUGUGGAUCUUCUUCAGUUAUUUUAGAGAAAAAGGAGGAGGACAUCUUGACCGCACUGGAAAUCCUCUGUGAAAAUGAGUGCAGAGAUACAGACAUAGAGAAAGAUGAAAUUAAAUUUCAAGAAUUUAAGAAAUUAAAAGAAGAGCACUUUUACCGAGGUGGCAGAGUAUCCUGGUGGAACUUCUAUUUUUCUUCUGAAAACUACUCAUCAGCUUUCGUCAAAAGGGACAGUUAUGAAACCCUUAGAAGACUGAUAGACUGCUGGGCAGACUCACCCAAACGAGAGUUUGCAAAAAUCAUCAAUAUUUAUCAUCACCCAGGCUGUGGGGGUACUACACUGGCUAUGAAUAUUCUCUGGGACCUAAAGAAGAACUUCAGAUGUGCUGUGUUAAAAAACAAAGCAACUGAUUUUGCAGAAAUUGGAGAACAAGUGACCAAUCUGAUUACCUAUAAGGCAACCAGCCCUCAGGACUACAUUCCUGUACUUCUCCUUGUGGAUGAUUUUGAUGAACAGGAAAAUGUCUACGUUCUACAGAAUUCCAUUCAUUCCAUUUUUGCUGACAGGGGUUUGCGAUAUGAAAAAACAUUAGUAAUUAUCUUAAACUGCAUGAGAUCCCAGAAUCCUGAUGAAAGUGCAAAAUUAGCAGACAGUAUUGCACUAACUUACCAACUUUCUCCCAAGGAACAAAGAGCUUUUGGGGCCAAACUAGAGGAAAUUGAAAAGCAACACAAGAACUGUGAAAAUUUUUAUUCCUUCAUGAUCAUGAAAAGCAAUUUUGAUGCAAUGUAUAUAGAAAAUGUAGUCAGGAAUAUCCUAAAAGGACAUAAUGUUGAAAGCAAGAGAGCACAACUCAUUUCUUACCUUGCUCUACUCAACUCUUACGUUACUGAUUCUACAAUUUCAUUGUCACAGUGUGAACUGUUUUUGGGGAUCAUCUACACUAACACACCCUGGGAACCAGAGAGCCUAGAAGACAGGAUGGGAACCUACGCUACACUUUUAAUAAACACAGAAGUCACAGAAUAUGGGAGAUACACAGGCGUGCGCAUCAUUCAUCCUUUGAUCGCCAUUUACUGUCUAAAAGAACUCGAAAAAAGCUAUCAUUUGGAUAAGUGUCAAAUUGCCUUGAAGAUAUUACAUGAGAAUUUAUUCUACAUUUCUGGAAUAGGGAGAGAAAAAUUUGAACAGGAUGUGCAAACUCUUCUGCUUACAAGACAGCGCAAGGAGUAUGGAGAUGAAAUAGACACUUUGUUUUCCCCAUUAAUUGAAGCUUUACAGAAUGAAGAAAUUGAAGAGGUCUUGACUGCAGGAAAUGUCCGAUUCCCACAAAAUGCAUUCAUUUGUCAGGCCUUAGCAAGAUAUUUCUACAUUAAAGAGAAGAAUUUUAACACUGCUCUGGAAUGGGCAAAUGAGGCCAAAAAGAAAGCGCCUAAAAAUUCCUAUAUUUCAGAUACACUUGGCCAAGUCUACAAAAGUAAAAUCAAAUGGUGGUUGGAUGAAAACAGAAACUGCAAGGAUAUUACUGUUAAUGAUCUAAUAUGUAUGCUAGAAGCCGCUGAAAAUGCCUCGAGAGCUUUCAAAACAUCCCAAGAGCAAACCUACAGGAAAGGCUAUGAAAUAGAGAGCUGGUCACCACAGAAGUCCCAAAGAAAAUACGGCAUGUAUAACACAGCUGGUUUCUUUGGUGAAAUAGAAGUUGGUCUUUACACUAUUCAGGUUCUUCAGCUCACUCCCUGUUUCCAUGAAGAAAAUAAAUUAGCUAAAACAUCUUUGGUAGAUUUUCUAUCUGGAAAGGGGAAUAUUCCUGCAAAUCCAAAAAGCGAUUAUUUUUUGGCUCUUAACAACUUCAUAUCUUACUUACGAAGUUUACAGUCAGAUUUGAAAAGAUGCUUUGAGUUUUUUGAUGAUUAUAUGGUUCUUUUGAAAGUGAGGAAUAUCCAAAAAGAAACAGUGGAGAUAGUAGUAAGCAAGAAAAUCAAUCGUUGUUUCAAGAAAUACGUAGAAUUUUUCUGCCAUUUGGAUUUGAAUCCAUUAGAAAGCACAGAGAGUCCAUUAAUCCAAGAGGAGAAAUGCAGGAAGAGUCUACAGGCUUUGAGAGCAGAUAGGUUUUCUGGACUCCUGGAAUAUCUUAAUCCAAGUCACAAAGAGGCUGCAACCAAUAUGGAAAAUAUAGUGAACAAAUACUCCUUUUUAUUGCAGCAAAACCCAAAUAAACAGCUGACAAAGGACAAACAAAAUUUCAUUUUGGCCAACGUUAUUCUCAAUUGUCUAAAACCCUGCUCCAAGUUCAUUCAGCCACUGAGCAUGCUAAAAAAGCAGCUCCGAGAAGUGCUGCAAGUCCUAGGACUAAAUCAUCAAUAUCCAGAUCCUUAUUUCUUGGCCUGCCUUCUGUUCUGGCCAGAAAAUCAAGAGCUAGAUGAAGAUUCCAAGCUAAUGGAAAAAUAUGUUGCAUCCUUAAAUAGAUCCUUCAAGAGACAGUACAGAAGCAUGUGCAAAUCUAAGGAGGCAAGCACACUUUUCUAUCUGGGGAAGAAGAGGGGUCUCAACAGCUUUGUUCACAAGGCCAGUAUAGAGCAGUACUUCAGUAAAGUGCACAAUACAAAUUUCCUCUGGCAGAGUGGAGAUGUGGAGGGUAAAAAAGCAGUCAGAGACCACCUGCGGCGUCUAACUGGUCAGGCUGAAGGCAAGCUAAUCUCUAUGGAAUAUGGAACAGAGAAAAAAAUAAAAAUACCAGUGAUAUCUGUUUAUUCAGGUCCACUCAGGAGUGGUAGGAACAUAGAAAGAGUGUCCUUCUUCCUAGGAUUUUCCAUUGAAGGCCCUCAAGCAUAUGAUAUAGAAGUAAUUUAAGAAGCUAUAUUAGCUCAAAUAAAUGUAUUCCUCUCUCUCUA